UAAGUGUGUAAGUCUGUGUCUGUUUCCCCUAUUCCCCCAAAUUAAUUUUAGUGUGUUAAAUUGAUUGUCAUUAUAAGCAUAAUGAUAUAGAUUGGAAUUGUUAUUUGUUAUUUCCGUGAAUUUUUCCUGCUUCUGUUUGCAUGUUUCAGAAAUGGGGUUUCAAUAGAACUAAACAGGAGAUCCUUUGUAAAGUUCAGGGUAAAUUGUUGGUGUAUUUUGCCGCAUUUCCACCGCAGGAACUUUUUCCCAGGAAUUAGGGACUUUGGGGUGGUACUUUGUGUUUCCACCGCAGGAACAAGGGUCUAAAUGAAGUUCCGGGUAAAUAUCCCCCCCUCCGAAGGUCCCUGCUUGCGAAGUAGUACUUUUUCAACUUUCAGGAACUUUCAGGGGUGGGUCUUGGUUGAGUUUGUGCUGCAUUUUAUUUCAACCACCAUUUUUUAAAUCUGUUGCGGUGUGUCCAAUAACAGUUGUUUGCUAUUCGAAUCAACAAUGAAGUUUGAAAAAUACGACCAAUUGACUGACAACGAGGCUCAGGCUUUAAAGUCUUACAUUCAAAGUAUGAAAUCCAGUGGGAACUGUUAAUUAACGCGCAGUCCUAAAUCAUUGGACUAAUUUGCCUAUUCUUCACGGUACUUUAGACCGUGGUGGAAAUGCAGACGGCGACCGGUCUGGGGGGGCUGGGAGUUUCUGGGACAAACUGUUCCGGGUAAUUUCGGUGGAAACACGGCUUUAGUUUGUCUCAUCAUAACUUAUGUAUUCCUCCAGUGAUCAUGAAUAUUUACACCAUUAUAUUGGCAGCAAGAUGAACGCGAGUCAGGUGAACACUUCACUCAAGUGUGAUCGGGACACUAGCGUAACGUCCAUACUCUUCCCUUGUCUGUACACUGCUCUUUUCCUGGCUGCUUUUGUGUUGAACACUCUGGCCGCCUGGAUCUUCUUCCAAAUCCGCAGCAGCUCAACAUUCGUUGUGUACCUGAAGAACGUAGUCAUGGCUGAUCUAUUGAUGACCCUUACCGUGCCUGUAAAGGCAUUGACUGAUGCAGGGUUGGGUUCCUGGCACCUCCGGGCUUUUCAUUGCCGAUACUCAGCUGUACUCUUCUAUACCACUAUGUACAUCAGCAUCCUUCUUCUCGGAUUCAUUAGCUUGGACCGAUACCUAAAGAUUGUGCAUCCAUUCGGGAAAUGUGCUUUUCAGAGGGUCGGGGUGGGUCGGAUCCUGUGUGCAGUUAUCUGGGUGGUUAUGCUUUCAUUGGCUUUGCCCAACGUCAUCCUGAGUAACCAAAUGCCACAGAUCUCCGCUGGUGGAAGGCUGCGAUGCACCAGGAUGAAGGGGGUGAUGGGACUCAUGUGGCAUGAAGGUUUUAACUACUUCUGCCAGAUUGUUUUUUGGGGUACGUUGGCGCUCAUGGUUGUCUGCUACACCUUCAUCAGCAGGAAAGUGUUUGAAUCGUACCGGGCAUCACAAAGCAGCAGUGAGGCGGCCAGUAAACAGACCACAUCUAAGGUGUUUGUGGUAGUGGGAGUUUUCUUUGUAUGCUUUGCACCCUUCCACCUGGCCCGAAUCCCUUACACCCUCAGUCAGACCCGUAAUACUUCUGCCCAGUGCUGGGCCCAAAACCAGCUGUACUUUGCCAAAGAGAUCACACUCUGGAUAUCAUCUACUAACGUGUGCCUGGACCCUCUCAUCUAUGUGUUUCUGUGUCGUGUCUUCCGCAAGAAGCUCACUGCCACACUGAGCCGCCGUCCGCUCCCACACGGGUCUCUGACUGAGACCUCCACCAGAAUGGAGAUGCCACUCAGAGGCCAGAGGCCAUGACACAAAUACAUAUUUAGGUUUUCAUUAACACUCUUCAACCUAUGGCUGUUAUGAAGUUUAAGGGUCCAUGAAAAUACACUGCAAAAUAAUUUUCUUAAUCAGUCAUUUUGUCCUGCACAAAUAUCUAAAAGUGUCGAUUAACUUGUUUUAAAGAUGUGGAUAUUUUCAUUGGAAUUGUUUUUUUAGCAGUGUAUGGGGGAGCAGAAAUUACUCAAUUAAAAAGACUCCCUUAUCUUACCAGUA